AUCGAGGAAGCAUGACAUCUUCUCUCAGGACAUUGGACCUGGCCAGGUCCAAGUGGGCCAAGGCAACCGUAAGAGUUUCAUCAUCCUUAGAUCAUCAAGAUUCAACAACCUAUAUGUCAUUAACCUUUUCCAAAAGGCUCGUGUCAAGUGCGAUGGUCCAGCAAGUUAGCCAGUCGGGCAAAGCAAGGCUGAAAAUGUAUGAUGAGCAGGUUAAGCCUAGCCAUGCAUCUAUCUGCUUCUGUAACCAUGGAGCGGCCACACAAGGUUGUCGGUAUAUGUUUCUGGGGCACCCAUCAACCGCACUAUUGGGUUGAUGAAAUGAUUGAUGAUCUGUUUAGAUCUGCGAUGGUGCCAUCAUUAGUUAUUAGCUCAUUAAGCAAAAAAUCUUCAUCUUGUCUUUCUUAUUGCUUUAGCUUUCAUGAUUGAUCCUUCACCAACAGCAGCACCCAACCCCAACUGUUCCAUGGCCAUCUGCUUGCACUUGAAGUUAGAAAAAAUGGGAAAGAUAAAGGAAAACCUCAAAAAAAUCCCCCAAAAAUAAUCAUAUAAAAUUAGAUCAGUUGUAACAAAUGGUUGGUGAGUAGGCUUGCUAUAGGCUGCUGUUCAGCCCCUUCUCAUACUCCAUCCCCAACAAAGUGAUUAAUAUGUUGAUCAUAUAUAUUUAUAAAUAAUAUAUAUGUGUGAGUGAGUAUAUAUAUUAUGUUAAAAACAGAGUAUAUUGAAGAUUAGAAGCAGAACCGUCUAAAAGGAAGAAGAAGAGCAAGACAGAAGGGAAUAGAAUGAGUACUGCAAGGUUCAUCAAAUGUGUGACAGUCGGAGACGGAGCGGUUGGAAAGACCUGCAUGCUCAUUUCCUAUACGAGCAAUACCUUUCCCACGGAUUAUGUUCCGACGGUGUUUGACAACUUCAGCGCUAACGUGGUGGUGGAUGGAAGCACUGUGAAUCUCGGGUUAUGGGAUACUGCAGGACAAGAAGACUACAACAGGUUGAGGCCCCUGAGUUACCGGGGAGCUGACGUGUUCCUGUUGGCCUUUUCUCUUAUCAGCAAAGCGAGCUACGAGAACAUCUCUAAAAAGUGGAUUCCUGAGCUGAGACACUAUGCUCCUAACGUUCCAAUCGUGCUCGUAGGAACAAAACUCGAUCUGAGGGAAGAUAAGCAGUUUCUGGUAGAUCAUCCUGGAAUAAACCCGAUAACAACUUCUCAGGGUGAGGAGCUGAAGAAGAUGAUUGGUGCUGUCACUUACAUAGAAUGCAGCUCUAAGACUCAACAGAACGUGAAGGCAGUGUUUGACGCAGCAAUAAAGGUUGCUCUGAGGCCCCCCAAACCGAAGAAGAGGAAACCCAAGAAAAGGACCUGCACAUUCCUAUGAUAAAGUUUUACAACAGGCUUUCUUUGCUCCAGGUUUUGAUCAGAUCAUAUUCAUAUCGGACAGCUGAUAAUAGAUUUUGUAUGUAUCGCGGGUCGAAUCAACGGAGGUGUAGCUAAACCAAAAUACAAUUGGUAGUUAAAUUUUCCAUUUUAUGUUUCCCAUCGUGCCAAAGGGAGUUUAAGUUAGUGCCUCCUUAGAGAUAUAAUGCUGUACCUUUUUGUCAUUCUGUUGAAAGUAUCGAGGGAAAUUUACAAUUAUUGAAUUUCAGAAUCAGUCGAUGAGGAAAGCGAUGGAUUUGCAUGGGAUGUAAUCUUUAAAUGUCAUGUAAUUAGUUUUAUAUUCC